CCACUCUUCAUACUUCCCAUAACCCAUACAACUACCACUGUUGUUUCCUUUAUUAUUUCUUCUUCGUUUAAAUGGCCAAAACACAGAUCUUCGAGCUGAUUUCGGUUGCGUUACUCGUUCUUGUAGUAGUGAGUCAAAGCGAGUCGGUGAAACAAGAAGAAGAAGCUGACAAAAUAUCAGCACUUCCAGGGCAACCCAAAGUCUCUUUCCAACAAUUCUCUGGCUAUGUCACAGUCAACAAACUUGCUGGUCGAGCUCUCUUUUACUGGCUCACUGAGUCACCCACUUCCCCCUCGUCCAAGCCUUUAGUCAUCUGGCUCAAUGGAGGUCCUGGUUGCUCAUCGGUUGCAUAUGGCGCAUCAGAAGAGAUUGGUCCAUUUAGAAUCAACAAAUCAGCCUCAGGGCUAUACCUCAACAAGUUCUCCUGGAACCAUGUGGCUAACCUCUUGUUCUUGGAGACUCCUGCUGGUGUUGGCUUCUCUUACAGCAACCACAGCUCCGAUUUGUUCGAUACCGGCGAUACUCGAACUGCUAUGGACUCGUUGCAGUUCUUGAUCGGAUGGCUCAACCGAUUCCCGCGAUAUAAGAAUCGUGAAGUCUACAUCUCCGGCGAGAGCUAUGCCGGCCAUUACGUGCCACAAUUGGCCAGACAGAUCAUGGUUUACAACAACAAAUCCAAGCACCCGAUAAAUCUCAAAGGAAUAAUGGUGGGGAAUGCAGUGACAGACAACUAUUAUGAUAACCUUGGGACUGUGACAUACUGGUGGAGCCAUGCCAUGAUCUCCGAUAAAACGUAUCAUCAACUCAUCAACACUUGCGAUUUUCGUCGGCAGAAAGAGUCGGACGAAUGCGAAUCGAUGUAUUCUUAUGCAAUGGACCAAGAGUUUGGGAACAUUGAUCAGUACAACAUAUAUGCACCCCCUUGCAAUAACUCAGAUGGUAGCCGUUUUACCCGGCAGAGUAUGCGAUUGCCUCAUCGACCCCGUCGGGGCCAAUUUAUUGCAAUUCUGAGUAUGAAAGCUCUUCAGAUUUUCAGGCAGAUAGCAGGCUAUGAUCCUUGCACCGAAAAGUAUGCCGAGAUAUACUACAAUAGGCCAGAUGUCCAGAAGGCACUCCAUGCCAACAAAACCGGAAUCCUAUACAAAUGGACCUCCUGCAGUGAAGUCCUAAAUCGUAAUUGGAACGACACAGAUGUAUCCAUUUUACCGAUUUACCGAGAAAUGAUUGCCGGUGGUCUGAGAGUCUGGGUUUUCAGUGGUGAUGUAGACUCAGUAGUACCAGUUACAGCAACACGAUACUCCCUUGAACAAUUGAAAUUAACUACCAAAAUUCCCUGGUAUCCUUGGUAUGUUAAGAAACAGGUUGGGGGAUGGACAGAGGUGUAUGAAGGGCUAACCUUUGCAACGGUGAGAGGGGCAGGGCAUGAAGUACCAUUGUUCAAGCCAAGAGCAGCACUUGAGCUUUUCAAAUCAUUUUUGAGAGGGACACCCCUUCCUAAAUCAUGAUUUUUUUUUUGGUGCCAACAGAAAAUGUCAUUUCUAACCACUCAAAAAUCAUGAUUGUGUAAUGGGGGUGAAACAAAGGUGAUAAUGGAAUGAAUGAAUGUGUUUUGGGUAUAAUCA